UGCACAGUAAGGCGUGUUCAAUAAAUCUUUACCCAGGAUACUGCAGACAAUUGGUUCCAAAGUUCAAGGGUAAAAUAUCCAGGAGCACAGCACACGGCGGAGGACCAAGACAGGACGAGUCAAAGAGACGUGUCAAGGAAUAAACACAGAUAGGAUUAAAUAUGGCCGACAGCACAAGUCCAAAAGGCAGCUCUGGUGACUUUGCUAAAAAAGUCCAAAGACAGCUGAGCAGAAGCAAAGAAAAGGUGCUGCAAAGGCUUGGGAAGACAGUGGAGACCAGAGAUGACCACUUUGAACAUGAUCUCCAACAGUUUAAUGACCAGCAGACUGAUGGGAACCGAAUAUACAAGGACCUGAGGAACUACAUUAAUGCAAUAAGAGACAUGCGUGAAGCUUCGAGACGCCUUUCCCAGUCUCUGUUUGAUGCUUAUGAAACUGAUUGGGCUGGAGAGGAAGAUCUGGGAGCCAUUGUAGAGGGGGAGGACCUCCUGUGGAAUGACUUGGAGGUGAAGCUAUUAGACCAGGCCGUACACACCAUGGAGUCCUAUGUGAGCCAAUUCCCAGAUGUCAGGGAGAAAGUAGCCAAGAGGGGAAGAAAACUGGUCGACUACGACUCUUCCCUUCACCACCUGGAGGCACUGCAGACUGCUAAGAAGAGGGACGAUGUCAAGAUAAACAAGGCAGAAGAAGAGAUGAACGCUGCCAAAAGUGUCUAUGAAGGCAUCAACACUGAGUUAAAAGAAGAGCUGCCUGUGCUCUUUGAAAGCCGUGUUGGAUGCUUCGUGACAGUCUUCUCAGCUGUGUCAAAUUUACGAGAGAUCUUCUAUAAGGAAAUGAACACGCUCAACCUUGAUCUACAGAAUGUGAUAAAGGAGCUGCAGGCUCAGCAUCCAGACAAAGUGUUUGCUUUGAAGGGAAUGCAACGGUAUGGCUCCCUGAAGAGACGAACUCUGAUGUCCCCUAAGACCUGGAAAGCUAGCUUCUCUGACUUUCACAGGAGCAAUAGUCCUAGACCCGGCCAGAGGUUUAGCUUCAGGUCCCCGGAUAAGCCUCGCCACAGCACCCUGUCCAGAGAGAGCAGCACCCUCGAAGUCACCCCGCAAUCACCUCUUCUGGAGAACCCCACCUCCGAGUCCAGGGACCUGGACGCAGGGUCGAGCCACAGUGAGAGCCUCGGUUCUCCUGCACCAGAAGAUGCUGCGGCUGGAAACGGGCUUAAGUCUGGAGAAGAGAGUAAUGAGGUGGAGGAAGAGGAGAAGGGAGUGAAAGAAGAGGAGUCUGAGCCCAAGCCUCCUGCAGAAUCUGAUAAUAAGGGAGACGGUGAGAAAGCUCCGCCGAGCGAAAGCAGCUCUGAACUGAACAACUCCUGUGAUGAUUCCGAGAGCUUGGAGCUCCAGCUGUCUGCAGCAGACGCCGGCCCUCUGCACAUUGAAGAGAGAGAGGACAGCCCAGUGGACACUCCUAAACCAAACGGACUGGAGAACGGGGAAGUUUCUGGGUUAAGCUCUAAGGACCUGAGCAUUCCUCCCAAGGAUGCUCCUGCAGAACAACAGGCAUCUCCGGACUCAAAAAGUACAGAUGUUUAAAGUUUUCAGACUUUAGAGAAGCACGGAAGAGAUUGAAGUCAACAGCUGCACCAGAGGAAAAAUGUGGAGACAGCCGCACUGAAGGGUCCAACUGUGGCGUCAGGAAUGAUGGACAUGUGCAUGGUGUUAGUUUUCUUAUUUAUCUUUUAUUGAAAUCAGUUGUACAGUAUGGCCAAAGUUUUGUGUUUCAUCUUAAGUAUCCUUUCAAAUGUAUAGAUACAUUACUGCAGGAGGGGACUUUAUCCCCACAGAUUCCAUUAUAUUCUACAGCAAACAUUUUAAAAUUCAGAGUUAUUUUAUGCGUCUAAUGUUAGCAAACGGAAAUGCACCAAUAGGUUUACAUUGUUAGAAAACUUUCUUACUGACUACAGUAUGGUCACCAUAUGCAGAUGUGCUGUGCUGUGAACUUCAUUUUCCAUUUUAGUUUGAAUUAGGUGUAAGUAGGUUUGAUCUUUUUCACCCACAAAUUGGAAUCUGUUAAUUAGGUGUGCACUGUGAGGAUAAAUCAUUAUGUCAUUCUGAUCAAUGAUCUUUUUUGUAUCACAUUUAUACUAAUUUGUUGCAAAUUAUAUGAAAUGUGUGCACAAUAAAUCCUUCUCUCUUGUUUAAUUUUAAU